UUUGACAUUUGUCACUGAAAAAAAUGACGUAAAUUUAUUCGUGCAGAAGUUGUAAACAAUUAGCUUCUAGAGAGAAAAACGACGAUUUCUUCAUCGAAAUCUGAUUUUCAUUAGCAAAUGAAAUUGAAAGAAAAACAUGUCGGACGCAUUUGACCAGCAGUUGCGUGAUUUAUUGCGGAAAAUAAUUCGAAGAUCGGGACAAAAGGUGUCAUCUGGCGCAAUAAUACGAGAAUUUCAAAAGGAAUCAGUGCAUCCAUCGAUUUUACGUCAGUUCAAUGAGCUCAUAAAACACGAUUCACUCGCUUUGAAACUUUUCGAAUCCGAUUCCGACAUAAGUUCAAAAAACUUGCAAAAUACCAUACCAGAGCAAUGGCUAAAAAAUUUCUUGGAAAAAUAUUUGGCCAAGUUAACGCUGUACAAGGAAAUUCAACAGGCAGCAAAGAAGAAAAACGAUACAUCGAUUGCGACGGAAGACGAAAUAAAUAACUCCAAAAUAUCAGAUAUUCUGAAAAAAGUUAAAGCAGCAACAGAUGUAUAUCAGAAACAACAACAAAAACAAAAACAGGACCAUUUCGAUUGCAGUAAUUUCGAGCAGAUUCCAUUUAACACUACACGGCCGCAUAGCCUACUUUAUUUCAACAAGACCACACACAACAGUUUGCCCGUCGGAUUGAAAUAUUCAAUCAAUUGUUUGGCCUUACCGAUAUCAAGACAAGAGCAAUUAGUGAUUGACGACAUCAUCUACUGUAUUAUUGGAAUUCCGGGUGACUAUAUAGUGCCAGAGUUUACAGCCGAUCACGAGAAUGAUUUUACACCGAUUUCAUUCAAGAUAUCUGAUCAAAUUGAUGUGUCACUGCGCAAUAUUGUUCAAGAUAUACUUCCGAUGGCAAGUCAUUUUUCGAUUGUACAAAAAUUCACGCAAUGGAGUUCGAAAGCCCAUAACCAAAUUUUGCAAGCAUUAAGUGAAAUAUUACAGAGUAUAUUGAAUGAUUAUCGUAUUUCAAUUACUCAACUAGAGAAGGAACAUACGAAGAAUAUUUUGAAUUUGCACAAGCUACUGUACUUGGUGCGACCGAACAUGCAAACAUUGAGUAUUCUAGCCGAAUUGAUUGAAAAAAUUAUGAGAUCAGAUUUACAAGGAGGUUCCAUUUUAUCGCUGUUAUUCGAUGAAAUAACACUUCAGACGGGCGAUCAAAUGUCUCAAAGGAUGUUAAUUGAGCUGACUGAACGGGCGUCGGUGCCAUAUAUUGAAAUGCUCGAGCGAUGGCUUUUGAAAGGUGUGAUUAUUGAUCCGUACAAUCAAUUCUUUGUUACUGAUAACGUUCACUUAAUUCGUAUGGAAAACUAUGACACAGCACGCUACUGGGAAUGCCAGUACACCAUCAAAUCGGAACGUAUUCCACGUUUCCUUGAAAAUGACGCUGACAUCAUUUUGCGCACGGGAAAAUAUUUGAAUGUCAUUCGCCAAUGUGGUCAGCCAAUUUCACCACCAGCUGGUAAUGGAAAACUAGAAUUCUCGGCAAUGACCCACAAACACUCGAUAUUCAUCAAACAGGCCUAUCACAAUGCUUCGAGAACUCUGUUGGACCUUUUCAUGCAUGAAAACAAUCUUAUGGGCCAUAUAACAUCGGUUAAAAAAUAUUUCCUCCUGCAACAAGGUGACCUAAUCACACAGUUUAUGGAGGCUAGCGAAGAAGAGUUAAACAAAAACCUAGACAAAGUGACACCGGUGCGAUUGGAUAAUCUAUUGCAGUUGAUUGUUCGGUUAUCUUCGGCCAAAAAUGAUCCAUGCAUUGAACAUUUACACUGUGACCUAUUUACUAUGGAUUUGAUGAAGCAGAUGUCGAAAAUUCAUGAAAUCGGAAAUAGUGAUGGUGCCAGCGAGACAAAAAACAAUUUGGAUUUGACGGGCUUAGAAUGUUUUGCAUUCAAAUAUAGUGUCCAUUGGCCAUUAUCCAUUGUACUUAAUCAAUGGGUCUUAUCACAAUAUCAAAUGUUGUUUCGCUUGCUUUUUUGGUUGAAAGGUGUGGAUCGGCAACUGUGUCAAGUUUGGAUCCAAAAUAUUGAAAUAAGCAAAAACAAUAAGAAGAUCGAAAAAGAACAGAAAACGCAAUGGCGUACUGCAUUUGCAUUGCGGCAACGGAUGCUGAAUGCAAUUCAACAUCUACAAUACUACAUGAUGAUCGAGGUGAUUGAACCAAAUUGGCAUAUAUUCACGGCGAGAAUGAAUCAUGUGUUAACAAUAGACGAUGUUAUUACGAUUCAUCAAGACUUUCUUCAUAUUUGUAUGCAACAUUGUAUGCUACACUAUCCAGACCUAUUGCUGACGCUAAUGAAUAUUUGUGGCAUUUGUUUGCGCUUCUGUAAAAUGGUUCGCAAUGAAACGACAACGAAUAUUGAAGGAAUCGAAAAGGAGUUUAACGAUUUACUUGUUUCGUUCAUCAAGACGUUGGGUGAACAGUCAUCGGACACUACAUCAGCCAAAUUUCUUAGUUUAGUGUGUCGUUUGAAUUUUAACUCAUUCUAUACUAAUUAAGAUAGAAAAAGUAGCUAACUGGCAGCCUCUCUGAUCGUCUGUAUAAACAGAUAGGAAACGUCAAACAAGAAAAACAGAGCGGCACCUGGAGACUGGUGGGAAAAAUAGAGAAUCAUUCAUAUAGUUUGCUAUAACAAGUAUGCAUCUGUGUUAGUGCGUCUGUGUUAGUUCGAAUGUUGAAAAUAUGACACAUUGCACUUAGUCCCCAGGCGGCGCUGUAUUAUUUAUUUUUUUCAUGAUCAGAAAGGCUGCUAACUGGAGACAUUUUUUUUUCAACAUGUAGAACUAAAAUCAACUAAAUUAUCAGUAUUGUGUGUCUAUGUCAACCGUCCUUUUAAACUCACAUCCACAAUUAUAAUCUAAUAUUAAUUAUUAUUAGUGCUCUAUCGAAAAAAUUAAUCAAAUACUCAUUUCACAGACAUUGUUCAACUUCAUUCAGCAAAAUAAUACAUUUAUUUUAACAAUUCAAAAAAUUUCAAUUAGUACACACAUCUACAGCCAACUUCAUUUCAAGUGACGAAUACACAUACAAAACUACAAUGAUGUUCAAUAACGUUGAAUGACAUCUCAUUCUUUCGUUCUGAGUUCUUGAUAUGGGUGGACAUGAAGUCUGCAGCGGAAUUGGCAAACCCAUAUAAUUUUCAAAAACCAUCUUCAAUUUCUUUGGAAACAAUUUUUUUCCCACGAAUUCAUAGACACAAGCACGUUUUUAUUGGCAAUUUUCUUUUAUUUUUGGAAAUUCCACAUUGAAACGAUCAUGUAGCACAUAACCUCAACUGGAACAUGUCAUGCUAGACAUACAGAGUUUCCAAUAUCAAUCGCGAUUAUCUGAAAAUGUGACAAUGAAAAGUGGUACAUCCGAAACAGCCUUCAUAACAUAGUAGCUGCACAAGAACUGCGCGUAUAGUUCGAAGGAGGACAGAGGAACGAUUUGGGGCUGUUGGGCGACAGUAGAGCACAACGAAUGAACAACAUAAAACCACCAUAUUUAAUUUGAAUGUUUUUUUAAAAAAGGAAAUAUGUAUUGAAAUUUUUUUUUUGAAAUAUUGAAAUUAAAAUGAUUAAAAUUACAAUGGAAUGGAAAGAAAAA